AGAGUACAGUAUAUUGUAAUUGUUUUAAUAAAUAAAAAUGUGUGAAACUGCUGCGGUAUAAGAGGAAUGAAACACUUCGGGACGUGCUGACACUGGUAACACCACAGCAUUCCUUCAGCGUGGUGUAUUCAUUGCUGUUUUAUCUUGGGUAUUUUUUCUUCCAUGUCACUCAUAAGCGUGCUCAGUGUAGAUUAAUAAUCCACCGACUCGAUCAUUAUGGCUGAGCUGGACUCCAGGCUUGCACGCCUGGUCUCUGUAGCUCUGAACAGAGAAGCUGUUUGUGUUGAGAGUUCCUGAUGGGAGCUCAUUUGUGGAGGAGGAGGAGUCUCUCUGUGGUGUCCUGCUCCUCCUCUACAUCACUCCUGUACACUAUUCAGAAAGCACUCCUCCUCAUUUGGAUGAAACAGCACCUCCUGUCCUCUGUCCUCUCUCCUCUCCUCUUCAGUACCUCUUCUGGAUUUGACAUUAAGGUAUGAUCUUGGGAUUUUUUUCAUUUAUUUUUUUUCUGUGCAAUUCCAUAUCAGGCGUGAGCACGUUGGGAAUGAUGCUCUGGUGCUCAAAUGCAAUAGCGCGUCAUAGCGCGUUAAUGACGCGGAUUGGAUAGGAUUAUAUUCUAUUCAAUUAUGUGCAAUGAUUUUUUUUUUUUUCAUGUCAACGUUUCCUGAUUUUAUUCCGUACUGUAGGGCUGUGAGAGGUGGAUCAUAUAAUGAAGGGGAAAUAAUGGGGCUGUUCCAGACAUCCGCGGGUUAAUAUGGACAUUACUGACAUUACGUGCACUUCAGUGAUCCUCGCUGAAGCGUUUCUGCAUCGUUGCGCACAGAAGCGCACACCGCGGCGGGGUCUCCGCGUCCCCAGCGCCGCUCUCAUGAUGGACGUCUGGCAGCUUCACCAGGCAUGAAGCAGCAACAUGGACGUAGACGCUUGGGUUUCUCUCACCGAGAACGUGACGUGGAGGUCACCGGGCUCCCCGAGCCUCUCCCCGGGGUUGGUGAACUCCAGCUCGGCGGUGAGCGUGUGGAGAGACGCGGAGCAGCCGGAAGAGAGAGCGUACCGAGACUUCGCCAUCUCCGCUCAGCUCCUCAUCCUCGCUGGGUCUCUGUUAGGCAAUGCGGCCGUGCUGUGGUGCACCUGCUGCACCAACGUCUUCAAGACAGUCACCGGACGCUUCAUUAAGACCCUGGCCUGCUCGGGAAUCUGCGCCAGCCUGGUGUGCGUGCCGUUCGACGUGCUCCUGAACGCCAGCCCUCGCUGCUGCCUCUGGAUCCACACGCCAAUGAUCUGUCGAACCAUCAAGUUCCUGCACAGGCUCUUCUGUUCGGUCACUGUGCUCAGCUUUGCUGCCAUCGCUCUGGACAGGUACUAUUCCGUGCUGUAUCCACUUGAGAGAAAAAUAUCAGACGCCAAAUCCAGAGACUUGAUCACAUACGUAUGGGUUCACGCUCUCGUGGCUAGCAUUCCCGUAUUCGCUGUCAGUAACGUCACCGACGUCUACGCCACCUCCACCUGCUCUGAAGGGUACUCUUUAGGUCACCUUGUUUACAUGGUGCUCUACAAUGUGACUACUGUGAUCUUACCCCUAGUGGCUGUGUUUGUAGCCAUGGCACUGAUCCGGCGGGCGCUGAGCACCAGUCAGAAGAAGAAGGUGAUCAUCGCGGCGCUGCGGACACCGCAAAGCAGCGUCUCCAUCCCGUAUGUGUCUCAGCGUGAGGCUGAGCUUCACGCCACAUUGCUUGCAAUCGUCCUGGCCUUUGUGCUCUGUAGCGCGCCGUACAUCGUGCUGUUGGCAUACUGGGCACUUCCAAACAUUGGCCAGGCCUCGCAGUGGCUGCAUCUAACUGCCAUCUGGCUGCCUAAAGUGUCUCUAUUCACCAACCCGCUGUUUUUAGUGAUGGUGAACCGGUCGGCACGGCGCCGCCUGCUGGACGCGCUGGCACACAUGCAGCGUCGCUACAGCCGGAGGAACAACUCGAUUGGUGUUGGAACAGCACCCGAGGCUGGAGCGCUGGGUGGGGAAGUGCUCGCCCGCUCAGGCAGCCAGCUGCUUGAAAUGUUCAACAUUGGCCAACGCCAGAUCUUCAGGCCAAACGAAGAGGAGGACGAAGAAGAGGUGAACGAAAUCGCAGCGGUAGCCAAUUUCCAGCCCAGACCUGAACAAGGGGCUGCAGCUUCAGUAGGAAUGGCAGGAGAAGGAGGGAAGGAAGAGGGUUUAGCUCUGCCAAAACAUUCCCCUAUUCAAUACUGUGCAUACUCAUCCUCACAGGUAGCUCCUGCCACACCGACUGACCCUGAAGAUGCCUCCCAGUUCGGGUUCGGUCCAUUCGAGCUGCCCCCACAGUGGCUUCCUGAAACCAGACACAGCAAGAAAAGACUGCUGCCUCCGUUGGGUAACACUCCAGAGGAGCUGAUCCAGACCAAACAGUCCAGAGCGCGACCCGAGAGGCGCAUCAGCAGGAACAACAAAGUCAGCACCUUCCCCACUGUGGACCCCUGAGACCCUCGCCAAGCACCAUGAACAAAUCUAUAUAAAAUGUAAAGUAAUAAAAAAAAAACAACAACCUCGAUUUGUUUUUUAAACAAAAUGCCAUUCUUUGCCAGCAGGAGAGGGAUCUUUUGAUUGUGCUGUAUGUAGCUAGACGUUAGCUAAUCUCAGGCUCCAGAAAACUGUUAAGGGAAUGAGUUGCUCUUUUACAGAAAUGACAGAAUUUCUAAUGAAUUGUAUAGAAUUAAGCUCACUGUAUUUGGAAAUAAAAAAACGACCUGAAAACGGUUACAUUGCAUUAAAGACGAGUCUGAAUGUGCGAUUUCUGAUAAGACGUGGAAUUCACAUUUAAACGGGACUUAACAGAAAAGUUGCGUAAUAUUUAGCGCCUCACGCUUGUCAAUCACAGAUGAAACCCUGGUCUCUUACACCUCAGACUCUGCAAACACAUGAACAAACACACAACGUGGAUCACC